CAUCAGCAAAGAAGAAAGAAACGACGGGAUCGACGAAGGUGAGCUGGUGCUCUGCUCUGCUGAACAGUCUGCGAACACACGACGAAGAAAGAAAAAACGCGAGUGUAGUGAGUGCGUGUGUGCUUUUCGAACGAAAAUUUUCUAUUCCCGUGGUGGAAAAGUGUAAUUUUCAUACGAAUUCACUCGCGAAAACGCUUCUUACCGAUCGCAGACGUUGGCCACGUUGUCCAACUCGGGUGUGCAAUAGGAUCCGGGCUAGAGGGCAAGCGAGAACUACGGAUUUUACCUCAGAUUCUUCCUCCUCCUCCCGUUUCCACCCGCUGCGAUUUGUCCGUUCGCCAACGUCGUCAGCCAAAGUCAGCAUAUUGCCAUCGGUUUAAGCAAGUGUGCUGACCAGGAAGGAGGCGAAGAGUGUUCGCUGCCGUUUGAAGGUUUUUUUCGAUACGAUUUUUCUUCCUCUUGAGAUUUUCUCCGCUCCGUUCCCGAUUACCGGACGGUUGAGACCCCGAGUACUGGGUUGAAGGAGGGGAAAAAGUGCCACACAGGGGGAAGAAAAUCUGAAGUUCGUGUUUGAAUGCUGUGAACAGGCAGCAGGAGAGUCGAAAAAGAAAAAUAGAAGAAGUGAAUCGCAAGGUUUUGGGGGUUUAUUGUGUGCUUUUUAUGUGGUGAUCCUCCGGAUCCAAGCAGGCCAGGAAAGGAUUGCUUGUGAUUGAAAGAAAUUAAAAUUGGAGAUAAACGCCAAACUGGGAACAGAGAAGAAUAACAAAAUGAAUGAGUUUAUCGUGGCAGGAAAGUACCGGAUCAUCCGUAAGAUUGGAUCCGGUUCGUUCGGCGACAUCUAUCUGGGAAUCAACAUCACCAAUGGCGAGGAAGUUGCGCUUAAAAUGGAAAGCCUGACGGCACGGCACCCCCAGCUGAUGUACGAAUACAAGCUGUACAAAGUGCUAAUCGGGGGCGUCGGAAUUCCGCACAUCCGUUACUUCGGCCAGGAACGAAACUAUAACGUGCUGGUAAUGGAUCUGUUGGGGCCUUCGCUGGAAGAUUUGUUUAACUUUUGCAGUCGCCAUUUCACUAUAAAAACGGUGCUGAUGUUGGUCGAUCAAAUGAUCGGUCGGUUGGAGUAUUUGCAUAUGAAAAAUUUCAUUCACCGGGACAUCAAACCAGACAACUUCCUGAUGGGCAUCGGCCGGCACUGUAAUAAGCUUUUCAUGAUCGAUUUUGGACUAGCGAAAAAGUACCGGGACUUCCGGUCGCGUGUCCACAUCAUGUACCGCGAGGAUAAGAACCUAACAGGCACAGCCCGCUACGCCUCGAUCAAUGCCCACCUCGGAAUCGAACAGAGCCGCAGAGACGACAUGGAAUCGCUGGGCUACGUCAUGAUGUAUUUCAACCGAGGUUCACUACCCUGGCAAGGACUGAAAGCCACAAACAAGAAGCAGAAGUAUGAAAAGAUCUCCGAGAAAAAGAUGUCCACCCCGAUAGAGCUGCUCUGCAAGGGCUUCCCGGCGGAGUUUGCCAUGUAUCUCAACUACUGUCGCAGUUUGCGGUUCGACGAAGGACCGGAUUAUAUGUAUUUGAGACAACUGUUUAGAAUCCUAUUCCGUACGCUCAAUCAUCAGUACGACUACACCUUUGACUGGACGAUGCUGAAACAGCGAGGGAUCCUAAAGGGUGGCACCAACGCCCUGCCCCACGCCACCGGCGAAGGGAAUCGCGAGGAACGGCGUGAUAAAGAUAAGCAACCAACUGAAACUGAAAAAUAGAAAUUUAAAAAUUUUUUUUUAUGUGUAAAAUAUAUAAUAUUACUAAAACUGAGUAAACAGAAGAAGCGGAAGAGAAAAAAGGAAGAAGAAGCAAAGCAAAACGAAACGAAACAAAACAUGAUCAAUGUGAAAGAGAAUUAGCGAGAAGUUAAAGAGAUAGCAAGAAAGCGAGAGCGCAAUUAGAAACGAAAGCAGCAGUAGAGAUACAAACAGACAAACAAACCAGCUAGAAGCUAGUGAGAGUGCAGUUGAGUGCAUCGUUUUCGAGAGAAAAAUAAUCUGUAAACCUUGAAACAGACACACACUUGGAAAUGUAACGAGUGAAGUGGGAAUUUGCGUUGAAGAAAAUAAUAAAUCAAGAAAAAGAAGAAAACAAAACAUUAGCAAACUCUAACUUUAAUUAAAACAAAAGUAUGUAUAAUUAAAAAUAAUAUUAGUAAUUUAAAUAUUGAUUAAAAGAAAAGAUGAAAACAAGCGCCGGUUCAAAGGUCGGUGAGGGAUGUGAGAACGGCAAACGUAGAAAUGGACGAAUCUCCCAAAUAAACAGAACUGCACUUCCCGUUCGUCCUUUUCUGUUUUUGCCGGACCGCUCAUAAAACCCUCGAAAAAUGACGGCCACGGCGACAGAAUCACCACACACACACUCACUCACAUACACAGACAUACGAAGGCAUACACAAACAAACAAUCGUGCACCGGGUCAUAAUCAUGUUUUUUCAUAAUGCGGUAUUUUCUUCUCCCGUUGUCCGAAACAUUUUAUAGUACACACUUAUACAACAAAAUCACGCACUCCGAUGCAGCAGUCAUACAGUAAUAAUGUACACGUUUCGCACGUGUUUGUUCCCUGUGUUACAGGCAAAAGUUUGAUAAGGAAACAGCUAUUACUACAAUAACUACUAUUACUACUACUACUAUUACUACAAUAAACGGAAAGCCACACUGGGGAUAUACGCAAAAUGCGCAAAUUUGCCAAUUGUUUAGUUUUCCAAUAGGUUUUAAGUUGAAACACUCAUUUUUAUCCCCUUGCUUUUUAAGUAAACUGUUGAGAAGAAGAAGAAAAUUUUGAAAUUAACCAUUAGAAGGAAACAAACAAUAACAAAUGAAAAGAUAAAUAAAAACAGCCAAUACAACAAAUAACAAGAAAUACAACAAAGUAUGUUUAUGUAGUAUAUAAACAAAAGUCCUUAACUCAUGGAACUCAAACCACAACAAGCAUGAGUAAAUAUUUGUCGUGAAUAGAAUCAACUGUAUGUAUUAAAACGAUGCAACAUACACAAAUACAAGCGUACAUGUUGGCGUUACUCAACGCUAGCGUACGACCACUUUUGGCUACUCCAUAGAUGGCGCCUCACUUCUUUUAAACUUUCUUUGCCUUGUUUCUGUUCUAUUUUUUCCAUAACAUUUUUUGCAGUUUUUAUUUCUCGAAUAGAAACCUUUCAAAAAAUUAUUGGUGUUUCCCGCAGACUUUUUCUUUCCUUUCUUGCAAAUCUUUCACUUUCAUGUUUCGUUAUUUGUCGUUUUCUUUUCAUUACUGUUUCACUAAUUUCCCACUGGAAGUGCGUCUCCAUUACGCGUAAAGUACGGAAGCCCCACAAUCUGUUGUCUUUUUUGUAGAAACUGACUAAAAUACUGCUCUUUCUCAUUCAGCAAGAAAGAUAUAAAUAUAAAACAAGUCGAGAAACACGUGUUAGAAUAACAAAACAAAUGGAAAACUUGAGGAAAAUUAUAAAAUAAUCGAAUAUGCUAUCAACAAAACAAAUUAAGUGUACAUAUAUUAAACAAAAUAAAACACCCAACAAAUUACGACGACAAAAAACAUGAAUAAUAAAAAAAAAAUCUGUUGACAUGUUGAAGGUGACGUGAAAAAGAAAAACAAAAUUUCUUAUAAAAAGUUUAACGAUGGUGGUGUGAAGCAAAGCAAGCAACAGCCAGCAGAACAGAAAACUUUGAAAGGACACAUAUUAUAAACCUAGACAAAACAUCAUAGCAAAUAACAAAACGGAUAAAGGCUAACGCCUUUGUUAAAUUAAAAAAAAAUCCAAUACAAACAAAUCACACACACACAGACAGAACAUAUGCGCAUCAGACAAACAGAUUCAUUUGAAAUUUCCGAUUCCUGAUUGACUCCAACCUUAGCUAGCCGAAGCGGUCUAUCUUGUAGGGAACGGACAGUCAAUCAGUUAUCUGAAUCCUAUAAAACAAAACCUUUUCGUUUUCUCACACCAAUAUUAUACAUGAAGUAAAUCAACAACAGGAACAAAAAAAAACAAGAAGUAGCAAACAAUAAAUUUCAGCCAACAUGAUGGAGAAUGCAUGGCGGAACGGACGCUCCCGAAAAGCGGAGCGCAUUCAUUAUAACUAGGGUAUAAUGAUUAUUUUUUUCUUGGAUGAUUGAAGAUUAAAAUGAUAGGGCGAAGAAGCAGCAAACAGUUAUGGAAUAAAGAAAAA